AUGGCUUCUGAUGCACUCAAGGCUAUGCAGGAGAAGUUAUUUCGAGGAGGGCCCUCCCAAGAACCAACUGAUAAUGAUAAUCAAGGGCAACCCCCUGGCCUUACUAUCAAUAUUCCUGGAAAGCAGGAAUCGAGCAGCAGUGUGCCAUUUCCUACGGCACCGCCUAAAAUGUACAAAUCAGACUCGUCGCCGAAGGCCAUCAACGAUCGACCGGAGGACUACCAACCUUACAGGGAGCGACUGGCGCGUCAGCUUGGCCAAGAGUAUAAAGGUACAGAGAGGCAUCGUCUUCAACAAGACGAAGAAAAAGAUCGCCACUGGAAGAGGUGGGGGCCCUACCUUAGUGAUAGGCAAUGGGCAACCGUGCGCGAAGAUUACUCGGACAAUGGCGAUGCAUGGAGCCAUUUCCCGCAUGAACAUGCCCGAUCGCGUGCAUAUAGAUGGGGUGAAGAUGGCAUCGCAGGCAUAUCCGACAACCACCAGCGAUUGUGCUUCGCCCUGUCGUUAUGGAAUGGCGAGGAUCCUAUCCUCAAAGAGCGUAUGUUUGGCGUAACUGGACAUCAAGGGAACCACGGCGAAGACGUCAAGGAGCUGUAUUACUACCUAGAUUCGACACCCACGCAUUCAUACAUGAAAUUCCUCUACAAGUACCCUCAACGUCGGUACCCUUACGAACAACUAGUAACGGAAAGCCAAUCUCGCGGACGCGACGUACCUGAAUACGAGAUCAUGGACACGGAUGCCUUCGAUGACGACCGAUACUGGGAUGUUUUCGUGGAAUACGCCAAAGAUGAAGACGAUCCAGAUAGCAUAUAUAUACGGAUUACCUCCUACAAUCGUGGCCCGGACCCCGCCACUUUGCAUGUUAUCCCUCAACUGUGGUUCCCUAACACCUGGUCGUGGAAGCAUACAAAGCCUCUCAUGCCCUUACUCUCGGCCUCCGUCAGAAACGAUGUCAGCGCAAUUAAUGUCAAACAUCCCGAAAUGGGGAAGACCCACCUUUACUGCCUUCCCUCACCUCCCCCUGUUGGCCCAAACGACAACUGCGAAAUCGACCCUGAUAUCGACGCGGUCGAACCUGAUCUCAUUUUCACCGAGAAUAAUACCAACUAUAGCAGAUUGUAUGGAGGCCAUAACGAUACCUUAUAUGUGAAAGAUGGCUUCCAUGACCAUAUCAUUCCUUCCCAUCGUCCACCGACAUCGGACUCUCAGGAAGAAAGUUUCUUUACCCACAAGAUCCGUUCGAGGACGGCGUCGACCUUUGGCGCAGAACCGCCCGAUGCUGUAGAAGAAGGCCCCUGCACACCUUUCCCACUCUCCUCCAACUUCGUGAACCCAGCUAAAGUAGGAACGAAGUCGGCGGCUCAUUAUGUUUUCCGCGACGUGCCCGGGAACGGCGGAUGUGCUGUCGUGCGAUUGAAGUUGACGCCUUCAUCGCCGAAGAGGGAUCCCAGUAUCGAGGACGAAGGCCUUUUCGAUGACGCUAUCGAAGAGCGCCGCCAAGAAGCAGAUGAAUUCUAUAACUCGUUGGUCUUUGGAACGAUUACUGAUGACUUGAAGCAAAUCAUGAGGCAAGCCCUCGGCGGAAUGUUAUGGACGAAACAGUACUACACGUUCAUCCAGAAAGAGUGGAUUGAAGGCGACCCAGCCCAGCCUCCCCCUCCUCCAGAGCGCAAGUAUGUGAGGAACAGAGAGUGGAAACAUCUUUACAUUGCCGAUAUUCUGUCUAUGCCAGACAAGUGGGAGUACCCUUUCUUCGCCGCCUGGGACACCGCGUUCCACUGCAUCCCGCUUGCCGUGGUCGACCCUGCCUUCGCGAAGAAGCAGCUUGAUCUGCUUACCCGCGAAUGGUACAUGAAGCCUGAUGGGCAAAUCCCUGCAUAUGAGUGGAACUUCUCUGACGUCAAUCCUCCCGUGCACGCAUGGGCGACAUUCCGUGUCUUCAAAAUUGAGCGAAAGCUGACAGGCAAGGAGGAUCUUGCUUUCCUUGAGCGUGUCUUCCAGAAGCUGCUAUUGAACUUUACUUGGUGGGUCAACCGCAAGGACCAAGGCGGUAACAACGUCUUCGAAGGAGGUUUCCUCGGACUCGACAAUAUUGGUGUCUUCAAUCGCUCUGAGCCUCUUCCGACUGGAGGCUUCCUCCGACAAGCUGACGGCACCUCAUGGAUGGCGUUCUACUGCUUGAAUAUGUUGAGUAUGGCUCUGGAACUCGCAAAGCAUAACCCCGUCUACGAAGAUAUUGCAUCCAAAUUCUUCGAGCAUUUCAUUUUCAUCGCAGACGCUAUGACUUACAAAUCCGGUGAUGACGAAAUCAGCCUUUGGAACGAACAAGAUGGCAUGUACUACGAUGCCAUCGAGUUCGGGCCCGGGAACUCGAUGCAGUUGCCAGUGAGGAGUCUCGUUGGACUGAUCCCGCUAUAUGGUACUCUGGUGUUGGAGCCUUCGACUCUAAACCGCUUCCCAGGGUUCAAGAAACGGAUGGAAUGGUUCAUCGAUAACCGUCCAGAGGUGGCCGGUCGGAAUAUGGCUAAUAUGAAAGCUGGAGGUAGGGGCGAACGAAGGCUACUGGCACUAGCAGAUAAAGAGAGAUUGGUCAAAAUCUUGGAGAAAAUGCUUGAUGAAGAUGAAUUCCUCAGUGAACAUGGUAUUCGAUCCUUAUCGAAGAAGCAUAAGGAGCAUCCCUGGGGCAUGGAUGUUCACGGGCAGCGAUACGAAGUUGGGUAUUGGCCCGGUGAUUCCCUUUCAGGAAUGUUUGGCGGCAACUCUAACUGGCGUGGACCGAUCUGGCUUGCUACCAACUUUAUCUUGAUAGAAAGUUUACAAAGGUUCUAUCAGUACUACGGCGACGAGCUUCAGGUCGAAUGUCCAACUGGCAGUGGCGACUAUAUGAAUCUCGUCGAAGUUGCUGAAGAGAUCCAGCACCGUAUAAUUCAUAUCUUCGGGCGAGACCCUCAAGGUAGGAGAGCGACUAAUGGUGGUAACGACAAGUUGAACAGCGAUCCACACUUCCGUGACUAUGUAUGGUUCUAUGAGUUCUUCCAUGCUGACACCGGCAAGGGCUUGGGAGCCUCUCAUCAGACGGGAUGGUCUGGUUUGGUUGCAUAUCACAUCUUGCAAAGCGGUGUAAGCUGUCGGCUUCCGAAGACACCCAGGACGCCUCGCGGUGUUGCUCACCACUACUUCGAUGAAACCAUCGAGUCUGAGUAUGGGGGCGAUGUCUCAGAGACGAAGUCAACCUUCAGUGCCGUCAGCGGAUGGGAUCAGAACACGCUAGGCGAUAUUUCCCCGGACGCGUUGUAA